AGGGGAGAGCAGCGAGGCUCAGCCAGCCACCAAGCCCGCCCGCCCGUCCGUCCGUCCCGUCGGAGAAGCCCGCCAGCCGCCGGGGUCGAGCCAAGCAGAAAGGCGAAAGGGAGUCGGAAGCGCGGCCUUGGCGUUGGCGCGAUGCUGGCCCUGGAGCUGCUGAGCCUGGCUUGGCUAGCCGGCGUGGUGAUGGGGCAGAACGAGACGGAGCCCAUCAUCCUGGAGGGCAAGUGUCUGGUGGUCUGUGACUCCAACCCGGCUUCCGAUCCCACCGGCACGGCGCUGGGCAUCUCGGUCCGGUCGGGCAGCGCCAAGGUAGCCUUCUCGGCCAUCCGCAGCACCAACCACGAGCCGUCGGAGAUGAGCAAUCGCACCAUGAUCAUUUACUUCGACCAGGUGCUGGUCAACAUUGGGCUCAACUUCGACUCGGAACGCAGCACUUUCAUCGCUCCCCGAAAGGGCAUCUACAGCUUUAAUUUCCACGUGGUCAAGGUGUACAACAGGCAGACCAUCCAGGUGAGCUUAAUGCUGAACGGGUGGCCGGUGAUUUCUGCCUUUGCCGGAGACCAAGACGUCACACGAGAAGCUGCCAGCAACGGGGUCUUGAUCCAGAUGGAGAAAGGAGACCGCGCCUAUUUAAAACUGGAGCGAGGAAAUUUGAUGGGGGGCUGGAAGUAUUCCACUUUCUCAGGAUUUCUAGUUUUUCCUCUUUAAAUGACUCGCUGACUGAAAGGAGGAAGAGGAGGAGGAGGAAGAAGAGGCAGGGGACAAUUCAGCCAGAAGUAAGCUUGAGAUUGGCUUACCGAUUCCAACCCCUGAACUGAAGGAACUCGGAAACUGCACACACCUGGAUAAGAUCUACCCUGUGGCAGAAGUUUAAAACUCUGACUGAGGUUUUUGUGCUUGGAAGAUCUCGGUAACAAGACGGACAGCUGUCAGGAGAUGCUCGCGGUGGACAUCUUUCAAUAACGUCGCUCUCUUUUCUUUGCAAACAGUAUUGCUGUCCUCUGCAUUUAUCUGGUGAUGUUGUAUCCAUCAAUUCCUCACUUUCAGUGUGUCUUUUGCACCUUUGCAACUUUCCCACUCCCCCAGGUUUUUCUUUUUUAAAAAAAAUGUUUAUUGAUUUACUUGACACAACUCUCAUAACAAUGAAUCUGGGGUUGUUUUUAACCAUUCCACCUAUCUAUCUAUACCUAUAUCUAUCUAUAUAUAUGUAUAUGUAUACAUAUUUUUUACUCUCUCCCUGAGUUUAACUUUAAAGAAAAAAAACAAUAUUUUUGAAUAUAUGGUGCCAUGGUAAGAAAUGUCGUGCAAAUGAGUGCUAGCAAGCAGACAAGAAUACACGAGCACGUGUGCGCACACAUGCAUAUAUACACGCAUGUAUUUAUGUAUGUAUGUCACUAUGAUGUAAGUUAAAUACAUUAACUAGCCUGCCCCAUUGCUAUGGAAAUUGGAACGAAGUUUACCAACUGCUUGAUGCUUUGGUUGGUUCUUUCUCCCUCCCUCUAGUCAACGUGUGGCUCAGCUACAGAAAAUAGACUAAACUUUUCCUAGUUCACCUCAAAAGACAAAUUGUGACCAUUAAAUAGAUUAAACAUUUCCUGAUUCGCCUCAAAAGACAAAUUGUGACUAGUGACCAUUUCACCUCUUUUAAUGGCCUUUUCAUUUCAUCGGGUUUUUUGUUUCUUUUCUUCCCCUUUACAUGAGAAACUUGGCCCGGUUAAUGCAAUCGUAGCCAAACCUAGAAAGGAAAAAAAAAAUGACAAGAAAGAAACUACAAAAGGCCAGAAUAAAUGAAUACAUAAGCAAGGCAGCCACUGUGUGCGUUGGGUGCGCAGAAGAUCCAGCCCAAGAACUCCAUCCGUGACAAACUCCAGUUUCUUGGAAAGACUGUGAAUGAAACAAAAGUUCAAGGACUAGCAGCAUAAAGACUUCCGUUUAACUGUAUUUGAUCUCUGGCUUUGUUCUGUCUCUUCCCAUUAUUUUAUGUGGUGUUUUUCAAUUCUGGGAGAAGAGGGAACGGGUGUGGGGUGAAACAACUGGUCAAUUUUAGAGACUGUAUUUUCAAUCUGCAAACAUCGCCGGGGCUGGUUAAGUCCUGAAGUGGGAGGAAGAUGAGGGAAAAAUAGACCCCUUUCUUCCCUUAAGGUGACAAAUUUGCCCUCUGUAUCCUGUAUUAUAUCAUAUAAUCUCUCCGUCAAAUCCCAUUUUCUACAGCUGUCUUAUUAAAAUGAAAUUUUAAAAAAAGAAAGAAAGAAAGAACAAGGAAACCCUUCCGCGAUAGACCUAAAAUGCUAGUGUUCAUUAAUUGCUAGUAUUAUUUUUGUUUAAAGUAUCUCAAAAGAUGUAAAUGCUAUAAUUUUGCAGCACUUCUAGAGAAAAUAACUACUUUUAUUAUUAUCAAGGUGCAGUUAAGAUAAAACACUUUGGAUUGUAUUCGAAUCAUAAUGUGAAAUAAUAAUAAUAAUAAUAAUAAAAAAAAACACCGGUGGAAUAUAUAAAUAAAUAAACUGGCCUCUUGGAGGAGUGGGGAAGAGACGGAGAAAUAAAUAGACCUGAAUCUCC